UGUCAAACCAGCAUCUUAACCUUCCUCAGCAGACCACCACCAGCUAUGCAUUGAGCAACAAAAGAGCUGACAUAGGCUGCAAUGUAAUGUUGGCUCGGGGCGUGUCUUUACAAAGCGCACUCAGCAACUUUGCAGGGAUUUGGUGCGACUUACUUUUCAUAAACUGUUUGGAUGGGAUGGCUUUUAUUCUGAGAAAAAUCCCAUAUACACCUAAAGCCCCUAUUAGACAAGGCAUAUACAGCCAGGCUGUUUUGGUGGACCGUACAAUGUACAUCUCGGGACAGAUCGGCAUGGACGUUGGUGGACAGUUGGUGGUGGGAGGAGUGCAGGCUCAGGCCAAGCAGGCACUCAUUAACAUGGGGGAGAUUCUGAAAGCUGCUGGAUGUGGAUAUGAAAAUGUUGUCAAAACCACAGUGUUGUUGGCAGACAUUAAUGACUUCAAUAAUGUCAACGAUGUUUACAAGCAGUUUUUCAAGAGCAAUUUCCCAGCAAGAGCUGCCUAUCAAGUAGCUGCCCUGCCCAGAGGGGGACUUGUUGAGAUUGAAGCGAUCGCUGUGUUGGGGCCCAUCAUGGAUGCCUCCUGACUACAUGAAUCCAGCAUGCAUCACAAGUCAUAAAUACAGUUAUAGGAGACAAACCAUAUGCCAGAUUCCAAAAUCAGACUUUUAUCCUCCCAUUAAACUAAUAACGGGGAAUUCACUUGUUGCCCUUUUUGCUAAUAUUAUAUAUAAUCUUUCACCAUUACAUAUUCUGUAAUAGCAAUGAUUCAAAGCCAUGUUCAGUUCAACUUUAUUUUUAAACUCGUCAUUUUCACAUUAAAAUCAAAUCACAACACCAAAACAUUACUUAGUUCCAUUUGUUGAGUUUAAUCUGUCAUGUUGGUUGCAAGAAAAUAUAAGCAUACAAUAAAUAAAACCAAAAAGCCUGUUUUUUAAA